AUGCUGCUCCCGACGCUGGUGACGUGCCUCGCCGGGUGCGCCUUUCUCCUCUCGCCGGUCAGCGAGGGUUGCGGACCGGGGAGAGGCUAUGGCAAGAGGAGGUCACCGCGGAAACUCGCGCCACUCGCCUACAAGCAGUUCAGCCCCAACGUGGCCGAGAAGACUUUAGGGGCCAGCGGGAGAUACGAAGGGAAAAUAACCCGGAACUCUGAUCGCUUCAAGGAGCUCACCCCCAACUACAACCCCGACAUCAUCUUCAAGGAUGAGGAGAACACAGGUGCAGACCGCAUGAUGACACAGCGCUGCAAAGACAAGCUGAACUCUUUGGCCAUCUCGGUGAUGAACCUGUGGCCCGGGGUCCGGCUGCGGGUCACCGAGGGGUGGGACGAGGACGGCCACCACUCGGAGGAGUCGCUGCACUACGAGGGCCGGGCGGUGGACAUCACCACGUCCGACCGAGACAGGAACAAGUACGCCAUGCUGGCGAGACUGGCGGUGGAGGCCGGGUUCGACUGGGUCUACUACGAGUCCAAGGCCCACAUCCACUGCAGCGUCAAGUCAGACCACUCCGUGGCGGCUAAAUCUGGAGGUUGUUUCCCCGGCGAGGCUUUGGUCACGUUGGAGAGCGGCGCUCAGAAGUCCGUCAGUGACCUGCGACCCGGUGAGCGAGUCCUGGCCUCGGCAGGCGGCGACGGCAGCGGGGAUCUGGUUUACAGUGAAGUCCUGGCCUUCCUGGACCGUGACCCUGUGACCCAGAAGCUCUUCUACACCCUGCAGACAGAAGCUGGAGCCCGCCUCUCGCUCACCGCCGCCCACCUGGUAUUUGUGUCCGAGGGGAACUGCUCAGAGGGGGCGGUGCCGGGCUGCGGCGCCCUCAGGACUGUGUACGCCAGCGACGCCCAGCCGGGACAGUGUGUGCUGGUGUCGGAGGGUAAAGCGGGACAGAGGCACGGCGAGGGGCGUCUGUCUCGGAUCACCCGGGUCCGAGUGAGGGAGAGCAGGGGGGCGUUUGCUCCCCUGACCGCGCAGGGGACGGUGGUGGUGGACGGGGUGGUGGCGUCCUGCUAUGCGGUGGUGGACCAGCACUCCCUGGCUCACUGGGCCUUCUCACCGCUCCGGCUGAUCCACAGCUGGACCGGAUCCACUGGACGCCACGGCGACGGGAUCCACUGGUACUCACAGCUUUUACACUGGCUUGGGAGGAUGCUGCUGGACUCAGGACGCCUCCACCCACUGGGCGUGGCUCAGGACGACAGGUGA